AUGAAGUCGAUGAAGGGUCUUAGUGCUAAUUCUUCUCUUCCUCUCUUCUUGUUUGCUACAGGUGGCUCUUCCGAUCGUUCAACUGCGACUACUCCAGCAGCUACUCCAGAAGUGACAGCCCACAACAGCGUAAAAGCAUUUUGCGAGUCCGGCGGAAGCUUAAAGCAGAGUGACGAAGUGCUUUUCCUCCCUCCAAUCGUCGAUGCCGCCGAAUCCUCGCCUGCCGCCGCCGCCGAGAGCGCACGCAUAAUCCGAAAAUACAUGGCCAAGGACUACUCUUCGCGGCCGUCAUGGCAGUACAACGCCAUCAUGCUGAUGCGCAUCCUGGCCGAACACCCGGGCGAGACGUUUACGAGGAACAUCGACGCCAAAUUUGUCGAUGCGGCGAGGGCGCUGCUCAAGAGCACAAAGGAUAACAACGUGCGCCAGAUCCUCAUGGACACGCUGGAGGAGUUUGAACGCGCCAAGUUUUACGACACGAAUCUGACGCUCAUCAUAAGCAUGUGGCAAGAGGAGAAGGACAAGGCCGUUGAGAAGCACGGGAACCGAGCACCUGCAUUGCCUGUGCGUCCCACACAGUCCUUGGCGCCUGAUUUUUCCAGCAACGGACAGUCGCAAAAUUAUUUCUCUAGGCACCACAACAACAACCGAUUGCCGGAGCCCGCUGAGCUGGUCGGCAGGCUGCAGGAGGCGCGCGAGUCUGCAAAACUGCUGGAACAGCUUGUCAUGAACACGCCGGCCGUGGAGAUCCUGGACAACGAACUGAUCCGGGAGUUUUCAAACCGAUGUCUGAGCGCAUCGAGAAGCGUCCAGGGCUACAUGUCGUCAUCAACCCCCGCGCCCGAUAACGACACCAUGGAAAGCCUCAUCGACACCAAUGAGCAGCUGCAGACUGCGCUGAGCCAGCACCAGCGCGCCAUGCUCAGCGCUCGAAAGCAGCUGGGCCUCAAUGGAUCCGAAAACCCAUCUCCUGCUCCCGAACAGCAGUCGCUCCACGGCUCUGGCGGCUCCAACGGCGUUCAGGGGUGGCAACCUCCCGCUGCUGCGGCGUCAUCAUCCAAUUCCAGCCCGGCACCUGUUUCUCAUGCUUUUGGCGGCAACAGCAACGGCAACGGCAACGGCAACGGUAAUGGUGGCGGCAGCGGCAGCGGAAGCAGCAGCAAUAAAGGCAAAGGCAAAGAUUCGGAUCUCUACAACCCUCCAUCUCCUCCGCUAGACCCGGGCCGAGGCAGGGCGCCGCCACCUGAUCCGGUGUCUCCCAUAGACAACCCGUUUAGCGACCCACAGCCAACGAGCUCAAAUGGCCAGCUUGCGGUGCCCCUUGACGGGCCUUUCCAGCCAGGCUUUGGCCUGAAGAACCAUCAAGACGGCUCGUCAACACAUGGUACUACAGGGUCUGGGCACGCUUCUGAGAGCCACUCAACCCGUAUCAUGAACACUGACUACCAGGUUUCAGACGAUGAAGACCUUUACUCUUCUGCCCCCAGGAGCAGCAAAGAGCCUAUGUAUCGGUACUAG